UACGCGAAGAGUGCUACACUCGUCGGCUCGGGUAGCAGAGGGGGAACUGGAACUGGCUGUUUAGUUCCGACCGAAAACUCUGGAGAACGUAUCUCGUUCGUAAUUUGGCUGCGGUGUCCGGAAGAAAACAGUUGUUGAAGACGGGAGUGCAGGAUGUUCCGCCUCCGCUUCAUCCCUGCUGUGGCUGGCCUGGCAGCAGUUUCCCGGCGCUACCAUGGGUAUGCUAACACUUCACAGAGCAGACGAAGGAUUGUUUUCGCAGCUUUUGCUGGUGCAACUGCAAUUUCUGCUAGUGCUGGGCUGCUGUGGAAGAGAGCCAAUGCAGAAGCUAAGUCUUCAGUGAAACACGAGUCCGGCGAGAAGCACAAAACAGGGGCAGAUGAUGGGGAAAAUAUAGAGGAUCAAGCUGUGGAGUCAAGCAAUGAAGAACAGGAGCAAGAAGGAAAGAAGAAAAAGCAACGGACUGGAUUUAGAGACCGCAAGGUCAUGGAAUACGAGAAUAGGAUCAGGGCUUAUUCCACUCCUGACAAAAUCUUCAGAUACUUUGCGACUCUGAAAGUCAUUCAUGAAUCGGGAGAGUCUGAAGUCUUCAUGACACCCCAAGAUUUUGUAAGGUCUAUAACGCCUAAUGAGAAGCAGCCUGAAAAUUUGGGGCUAGAUCAGUUUAUCGUAAAGCGUUAUGAUGGAAAGAAAAUCUCCCAAGAAAGAGAAAAGUUUGCAGAUGAAGACAGCAUCUUCUUCACGUUGGGGGAAUGUGGCCUGAUCUCUUUCUCAGAUUAUAUUUUCCUGACAACAGUUCUUUCUACUCCACAAAGGAACUUUGAGAUUGCUUUCAAAAUGUUUGACUUGAAUGGAGAUGGUGAAGUGGAUAUGGAAGAAUUUGAACAGGUUCAAAGUAUCAUUCGAUCUCAGACCAGUAUGGGCAUGCGUCACCGAGAUCGUUCCACUACUGGUAACACCCUUAAGACUGGAUUCAGCUCGGCUCUUACAACCUAUUUCUUUGGCGCUGAUCUCAAGGGGAAGUUGACCAUCAAGAAUUUUCUGGAAUUUCAGAGGAAGCUACAGCAUGAUGUUUUAAAGCUAGAGUUUGAGCGCCAUGACCCAGUGGAUGGACGUAUCACUGAGCGACAGUUUGGUAGCAUGCUCCUGGCCUAUAGUGGAGUGCAGUCCAAGAAACUUACUGUUAUGUUAAAGCAACUGAAGAAACUCUUUAAGAAUGGAGAGGGGCUGACUUUCGAAGAGGUGGAAAAUUUCUUUACCUUCCUAAAGAAUAUUAAUGAUGUGGACACUGCCCUGAGCUUUUAUCACAUGGCUGGAGCUUCCCUUGAUAAAGUUACAAUGCAGCAAGUUGCCAGGACGGUGGCCAAGGUCGAACUCUCAGAUCACGUCUGUGAUGUAGUCUUUGCGCUCUUUGACUGUGAUGGAAACGGAGAGCUGAGUAAUAAGGAGUUCAUUGCUAUCAUGAAGCAGCGCCUGAUGAGAGGACUGGAGAAGCCAAAGGACAUGGGAUUCACUCGACUAAUGAGAGCCAUGUGGAAAUGCGCUCAGGAGACAGCCUGGGAUUUUGCCAUGCCAAAACAAUAACAAUGUGCAUGUGGCAACCAAGGGAAGCUAGACCUAUAAUGAAUCCAGAAAUAACGUGCAUACCACUAAAUCAAAACAAACUACUCUUACAGAUAUACAUUUAUUUUCUAGAGCAAAAUAAGAUAAAAAUGCUUCCAGAAUGCAGAUAAUAGUCUGCACGAAACACUAUUUUUGUUUUCAAUUUUUCCUAGUCUUUGUGUAUUUAGAGGAAUAGUUAAUUUCCCUGCUUGCAGAGGUCUUUCUAGAAAUACUUUAACUAUUGCAGACUACAGAGGGACAUCAAGCAGUUAGACAAGUGCUAACACAGAGAGGUACUAUUACUAUACCAAUUAAGGACCGCUGUUAGACUAAUGUUAACACAGAGAGAGAGAAUUACUUUACCAAUUAAAGAUUAGUUCAGCCUAACAGCCAUAACACUUCCUAAUUACAUAUAACCAUCCUUCUAUUUCAGGUUCUCUGCUCCAGUUGUAAAUAUUUUAAGCUGCAAAUCAGGAAGUAAGGUGUACUCUUGACAAGUGUGUCCUAAGGAGCUUCCUGAUGGCAAAUGUUUCUUACAAAAUAUUUUUUUACCAUCUUAAUAUGGCCUUAUCGGAAAUACUUCAUGUGUAGAACAGUUAGGUCAAGUUGUUGGUAGAAGUUCAAUGAUUCACUCCAUUACUCUAUAAAAUGUAUUUACCUACUUUCUUUUCAUAGCCAAGGGGUUACACAAAGACAGGUCUGGUGUGUUAUGUUGUGUUAUGUUAUGUACAGGAAAAUUGUAAUUUAUAUAACAAUUAAAAUAUUCUGUUUGAGGACAAUUAUCUUUAGUGUUUUCGGCCACAACAAAUGCAACCUAAGCUACUUGCUGCAGCAGAUUCUGAGAAAUAGUUUGAUUUCCAGAUAUUCAUUUUUGAUAGCAAUAAUUCAUUUUGUUGUUUCAAUUUCUUUUCUUUAAGAAUUUGCUUAAUAUGGAUAUUCCACACAAUGAUGAUUAAGACAUGGUACUUAAUUAGAAGCAAAAGGUCCAAAUCUAUAAAAGGUUGAAAUAUUUAUAAGCCAGACAGUUUACAGAUCGCAUUAUGAAAGCUUAAGAUAUCUUGAUUUAUUAAAAAUAAAAAAACAAAAUAAAAUCACUUAAUAGUUAUAUAGCUUUAUAUACAAAUCACCAUACUUUUGCUUAACCCUGUUACAAAAUCUUAAGUGAAUUCUACAACAUUGUAAAACGUUUCAAACUGGUGUUAAUAGAUGCAUGGGGUUAAGUUUAAUUUUAAGAGCUGUUUUUGUAACUAUGAAAUAAAUGCUUUAUUGUUAUUAUUCAA